CGUUCGAGUCCCGGAUCCGACCCGAGUUCUCCACCAUGAAAGAUGUCAGCGGGUUCCUCAAGCAGCAGCAGAGCCGCAGCUCCACCCCGGAGAUGGCGGCGGAGUGGCACCGCCUGGAGGAGCUCCACAACAAGCGACUGUGGCAUCAGCUGACUCUGAAGCUGACGGACUUCGUGAAGGAUCCCUGCUUCAAGUCAGGAGAUGGCCUCAUUCCGCUUUAUGAAAAUUUCAUCAGUGACUUCGAACACAGAAUCAAUCCUCUGUCCCUUGUGGAGAUUAUUCUGUAUGUUACCAGACAGAUGACAGAUCCUAAAGAUGCCAUCACUUUUCUCGAGAAGACCAAGGAAAAGGUGAAAAGCAACGACGAAGCCACUAUUCUCUGCAAGACGUCUAUUGGCAAACUGAAACUGGAGAUCAACGAUCUUCCUGCCACAAAGAAAAUCAUUGAAGAGGUCGAGGAAAAGUUGAAUAACUUGCCCGGGGUGACGUCCGUCCACGGCCGGUUUUACGACCUCUCCAGCAAGUAUUAUCGCAUCAUUGGGAACCACGCCUCCUACUACAAGGACGCCCUGCGCUACCUCGGAUGUGUGGACAUUAAAGACCUCCCAGAAACGGAGAAGCAGGAGAGGGCCUUCACGCUCGGACUGGCAGGACUCUUGGGAGAAGGAGUUUAUAACUUUGGCGAGCUGCUGAUGCAUCCUGUCCUGGAGUCUCUGAGGAACACUGACAAACAGUGGCUCAUUGACACACUUUAUGCCUUCAAUGGAGGCAACGUGGAGAAAUUCCAGGGCUUCAAAUCUGCCUGGGGCCAACAGCCCGACCUCGCAGCACAUGAAGCUAAACUGAUGCAGAAGAUCCAGCUGCUCUGUGUCAUGGAGAUGACCUUCACUCGUCCUGCAAACCACAGACAGCUGACCUUCACAGAGAUCGCUCAGAGCGCCAAGAUCCCCGUUAAUGAGGUGGAGCUGCUGGUGAUGAAGGCUCUGUCUGUGGGGCUGAUUAAAGGGAACAUCGAUGAGGUGGACCAGAAGGUGCAGAUGACCUGGGUGCAGCCCCGAGUCCUGGACCUGCCGCAGAUUAAAGGUAUGAAGGAGCGGUUGGACUUCUGGUGCGGGGACGUGAAGAACAUGGCCAUGUUGGUGGAGCAGCAGGCCCACGACAUCCUCACCUGAACAGCUUCCGUCCCAGUGGAAACCUCAAGCUUCUGUUUUCUAUCGUUUUUCUUUCUUCUGUUUCUGUUCAUUACCAACUUGUAAAUGACACUUUGGUAUUUUACUAAUAAACAACGGGUUGUAUCCUCUUCACCA